UUUCAGUUACGAUAAAUGGCGGGUUGGUAAACCCUGUCUUAUCAUCCGAUUUUGCCUAGUUAUUUUACAAAUUUAAAAAAAGAAUCAGAUUCUCAAAUUAAAAACACUAGAUCUACUUGUCAAAAGCAAUACAACAAGAAUCAACCAUCCGUUGAAAUAAAGCGAACUUAAUCCGAAGCAAACUUGAGUUGAAGCUGGAAAAGGUCAACUGAAUGACAACCGGAUCUUAACAUUUGAGUAACUAGAUCUAGAUCUACCCCCAAUCAACUUCAUCAUGACUUCCAAAGGAAAAAAGUGCAAAACGAAACAACAGUCAGUCGGCAUCCUCUUGAGCAAUCUCUACAAAAAACCGGCAGCGACGAUCGCAAUCGAUCUAAACAAAGUGCUGCAACAACUGAAGCUUACUGAAACUAGUGUCAAACAUAUCGUCGUGCCGGAUAACCAAGGUUUAGUCGAGCUCAUCUUCAGAAAUCAAGCUAGCGAGACCGUAGCUUUUGAUCAUUUCAAAAAUUUACAGAAGUUGGAGAACAUCCCUGAGAUGAUGAAUCUGAUCGACGACCCAAAAAAUUUGAUGGUGGAGAGGAUCCCGACUGACUGUCACAUAAAGAGAAUGAAAAGGACGGUUUUCCUCAUCGUGGGAAACAAACUAUCGGUACUUGAUGAGUUUGAGGAAGAAGCUACAUGUUUACAGUCGCCAGAACCUACGGCCCAACAGCCUCCUGUAAAGAAAGAGAAAGGUAAAUCGCCACCGUUGCCAGAACCUACGGUCCAACAGCCUCCUGUAAAGAAAGCGAAAGGUAAAUCGCCACCGUUGCCAGAACCUACGGUCCAACAGCCUCCUGUAAAGAAAGAGAAAGGUAAAUCGCCACCGUUGCCAGAACCUACGGUCCAACAGCCUCCUGUAAAGAAAGAGAAAGGUAAAUCGCCACCGUUGCCAGAACCUACGGUCCAACAGCCUCCUGUAAAGAAAGCGGAAGGUAAAUCGCCACCGUUGCCAGAACCUACGGUCCAACAGCCUCCUGUAAAGAAAGAGAAAGGUAAAUCGCCACCGUUGCCAGAACCUACGGUCCAACAGCCUCCUGUAAAGAAAGCGGAAGGUAAAUCGCCACCGUUGCCAGAACCUACGGUCCAACAGCCUCCUGUAAAGAAAGCGGAAGGUAAAUCGCCACCGUUGCCAGAACCUACGGUCCAACAGCCUCCUGUAAAGAAAGAGAAAGGUAAAUCGCCACCGUUGCCAGAACCUACGGUCCAACAGCCUCCUGUAAAGAAAGAGAAAGGUAAAUCGCCACCGUUGCCAGAACCUACGGUCCAACAGCCUCCUGUAAAGAAAGAGAAAGGUAAAUCGCCACCGUUGCCAGAACCUACGGUCCAACAGCCUCCUGUAAAGAAAGAGAAAGGUAAAUCGCCACCGUUGCCAGAACCUACGGUCCAACAGCCUCCUGUAAAGAAAGAGAAAGGUAAAUCGCCACCGUUGCCAGAACCUACGGUCCAACAGCCUCCUGUAAAGAAAGAGAAAGGUAAAUCGCCACCGUUGCCAGAACCUACGGUCCAACAGCCUCCUGUAAAGAAAGAGAAAGGUAAAUCGCCACCGUUGCCAGAACCUACGGUCCAACAGCCUCCUGUAAAGAAAGAGAAAGGUAAAUCGCCACCGUUGCCAGAACCUACGGUCCAACAGCCUCCUGUAAAGAAAGAGAAAGGUAAAUCGCCACCUAUAAUUGAACCGAAAACCGAACCUACAACCUCAGAGCAACCUACAACUGCUGCGGGUGAGGUGGACGAUGGUAAACCUAAAACUAAGACGACUUCCACUAUAGCAGUCAACCCGUGCAACUGUCCAGAAACUAUCACCUAUGUCGUUGGCAGUUUAGUCGGCUCUGAGUCGAGGCACGUCGAGUUUAAAAUGGGGGGACAUAUCGGUAACGAAACUGAAUUCGGACAACUAAUUGGUAAAUACGUGACUGGGUUCCUCAACUCUGGCGGUGGCAUUCUUUUCUUUGGAGUCGACGAUAACGGGAUAGUCGUUGGCUUGCGCCUAAGAUAUAAACAAACCCUACAUCUCAGUCGUAAAAUCAAAUCCGUUAUCAGGGAUAUCAAGCCCUAUGUGAGAGCUGAGGAGUACUCCAUCAAUUUCGCCAACGUUUCAGAUAAAGAAGGUAAGGUAAAGUUAAAUAAGAGGGUCUUAGAGUUGUGCGUCAAGCCUCGUGACCCAGCUCCAGCUGAGAGAAUGUACUCGUACUUGGGCAUCAAGUACGUCCGCAUGACCAGCAGUACCAGGACUAUUAGGGACCCGCAAGCCCUCGAUAUUGCUUUAGGUUGACGGGAGUAUCAGGACAACUAAGGACCCCGCAUCCUUCGAUAUUGCUUUAGGUUGACGGGAGUAUCAGGACUAUUAAGGACCCCGCAUCCCUCGAUAUUGCUUUAGGUUGACGGGAGUAUCAGGACUACUAAGGACCCCGCAUCCCUCGAUAUUGCUUUAGGUUGACGGGAGUAUCAGGACAACUAAGGACCCCGCAUCCCUCGAUAUUGCUUUAUGUUAAAAGCCUAGAUAUCAAAAGCCUACUUAAACUGAAAAGAAACAAUUGAAAAGAAACCUACAGCCCAACAACCACCUAUUACUGAACAGAAACCUACAACCCAGCAGCCAACUACAAUUGAACAGAAACCUACUACUCAACGCACAUCUAAACCGCCCCUACCUACUUCUAAUGGAUUUGAUCACUAUCGAGAAGGCCGACUUCCACACAACCAACUAAUGCAACUGUAACUCGCUCUAUACAUAGCGCUCCUAUAUCUGCAUUAGACAAGGCACUGCCUGUUGAAAGAUAGGAAAUUUACCUUUACAACAGAGACUAGUUAACCAGUAUCGGUAAAUAAGCGUGUGGCUUUCUCAACUAUGGCGCUUGCAUUAUUUUCCUGGAAGUCACCGAGAACAGGAGAGUCAUAGGUCUAGACGUGGAGUAACAUUCUGCGGUAAGGAUAAUCUAGCCGGCUGUAGCCUAGACGUGGAGUAACAUUCUGCGGUAAGGAUAAUCUAGCCGGCUGUAGCCUAGACGUGGAGUAACAUUCUGCGGUAAGGAUAAUCUAGCCGGCUGUAGCCUAGACGUGGAGUAACAUUCUGCGGUAAGGAUAAUCUAGCCGGCUGUAGCCUAGACGUGGAGUAACAUUCUGCGGUAAGGAUAAUCUAGCCGGCUGUAGCCUAGACAUGGAGUAACAUUCUGCGGUAAGGAUAAUCUAGCCGGCUGUAGCCUAGACGUGGAGUAACAUUCUGCGGUAAGGAUAAUCUAGCCGGCUGUAGCCUAGACAUGGAGUAACAUUCUGCGGUAAGGAUAAUCUAGCCGGCUGUAGCCUAGACAUGGAGUAACAUUCUGCGGUAAGGAUAAUCUAGCCGGCUGUAGCCUAGACAUGGAGUAACAUUCUGGACAAUACCAUUGAUCAACUCGGCGGUAAGGAUAAUGUUGACGGCUGUAACCUAGAGCGAGUAUAUCUAUUUCACCAAGUCCACAGAAGAAUUGUCGCAGGACAAUUGUUAUGGAGGUGUGGGCUAAACCUAAGACAAUGUUAACAGCAGUGCCGAAGCAGAUUCCCAGCUUUAUAAAUAAAACAAUGCAAUAAUCGGAUAAA